AUGGCAGAACUCCAUUUAAUUGGUCAGAUAGAGUCAUUCGAAGUUCAAGAAACUGGUAGAGGUUCUGCGUCCUUCUACUGUGACUAUAGAUUAGUGUUCGACUGGCCCCGCAUCGUUUUCGAAGUUUGGAAAACCGAUUCCCUGAACCGGUCCGAAAUUUUCGGCUACGGGGUUGCCCACCUGCCCUGCAAGGCUGGUUUCCAUAAUCUGACGGUGCCCGUGUGGCGGCCUGUCGGCUGCAAUGCUGAAGAAGUUCAAAGACAAUUCUUGGGUGGAGGAUAUGAAAUAACAAACUUCGACGCUCUGGCUGCCGGUACCGAGCGAUACAAACUCCUGACGUCUGGCACGGGCGUUAUCCGUCUGGGAAUCUCGAUAAUCUUGAGGAAUUUGAGCAAGUUCGGAGUGCGCACAAGCUGA